UAAAUGGGGGCUAAUACUUUCUAUUAUCUAUGUGUCUUAACAUUGCCGUAGCCCAUGCCUACCGACGUAAUUUUACGCCGUAUCACGUGACUCAGUUGUCAAAUAUGGCUCCGUCCUGCUGGUUGUGAGUGGAUCGACAGCUGACAAAAGAAAACACAUUCACCAGGAUAAUAUCACAACAUACGGUCGUGUAAAUAUCUCCUCUCCUCUCCGCCAGUGAAAAAUGUCUGCCGAAAGAUGAGGGGUGCCUGACAGAAGAACUGACAGCAGUAAGCGUCAUUGUUGCUGACCAUCUGUCCAGAUCAACCCUCCUCCCACAGCAGUGUGAGCCGACCUCCCUGCAGCCAUGCAGAUCAACCCAGUGCUGGUGGAGUCCACUGUCAUUUUGGCCGUAGUGCUGUGCGUCCACCUGGCUGUCUGGAACCAGCAUUCUUGGUGCAGUGUCGCCCUUGUCAUCCAGGCUUUCUAUGUACAGUACAAAUGGGACCGUCUGCUCAAGUCAGGCGCCGCUGUGUUCCAGUUUCGGCCAGCUGCAAACAGCGGCAUCGUCCCGGCCUCCAUGGUGAUGCCUCUGCUGGGUCUGGCACUAAAGGAAAGGUGCUCUGCCUCAGGGAAUGUCUACUUUGAGCGCUUUUCCAUGGUUAUCACCAUCACAGGCAUGAUGCUGGCUCUGUUUCUCUCUCUCAUUGCUCUUGGCAUCACCAGACCUGUGCCAACAAACACCUGUGUGGUUGCAGGCAUGGCUGCCAGUGUAAUUCUCUACACGACAAAGCAGACACUGACGGUGUCCGAGGUUAUCGAAGUCCUAGAAGUUCUUCUGAUCUUCGUCUAUCUCAGCCUGAUUGUGCUAUACCUGAUGCCACGCUGCUUCACACCUGGGGAGGCGCUCCUCAUCGUUGGUGGAAUAAGCUUUGUCGUCAACCAACUCAUCAAGCGCUCCCUGAAUCUGGCAGAAGUCAGAGGCGAUCCAGUGAACUAUUUCCUGCCUGUGGUAGUGGUGGGCUCGCUGUUGCUGGGUGUUUUCUUCGCCCUGCUCUUCUGCUUCAUGGAGUCAGAGACCUGGGUGUCAUCGCUCUUCUUUCACAUAAUGACGGCAGUUCUAGGUCUGGGAGUCCUCCUGCCAUGGCUUUCUCUUUUUAUUGGUCGACACCCCAUCAUGUGGCUGCUGGACUUUGUGACGUUAAAUGACAGAAGACUCAGUCUGUUGGGGUACUGGGUAUUCCUUGCCGUUGUGGCCACCUGUGUUGUGCUACACCAGAACUACCAGCGGCAGUCAGGCUCCAAAAAGUAUCAGGCCUCCACUGUUGUCAGGAAGUACUUUCAUCUGAUAGUAGUGGCCACAUAUGUUCCAGGGCUGCUCUAUGACAGACAGCUACUUCAUGUGGCCUCAGUUGGUUGUUUGGGAGUUUUCUUGGUUCUGGAGUACGUGCGUUACUUUCGUAUCAGACCAGUGGGGCAGCUGCUCAGGCAGCUUCUCACUCUGUUCUUGGACGAGCGCGACUCUGGGCCUCUCAUCCUGACUCAUAUCUACCUGCUGCUGGGUAUGUCUCUGCCCAUAUGGCUGUUUCCUGGACCGUGCGCUCCUAAAGGGAUACUCCCUGGUGCAGGGGGCCUGGUGCCCUACGCAGGUGUGCUGGCCGUGGGGGUCGGAGACACUGUCGCAUCUGUGUUCGGCAGCACCAUGGGAGAAAUCCGUUGGCCAGGAACUAAGAAAACAUUGGAGGGGACUGCAACGUCAGUGUUUGCCCAGAUCAUUGCUGUAGCCAUGUUUCUUAUAUUCGACAGCAGCAUCAAUCUGAACUCCACCUACUCAUGGAUUGUUGGCUCCAUCACCUUGGUGGCCAUGCUGGAGGCCUACACCUCCCAAAUAGACAACCUAUUUCUGCCACUCUACCUCUUCAUCCUGCUGCUGCUUUGAAUGAACAAAAAAACCCCAAACAAACCUUUUACAUUUUCUUGUGGGAGAGCAAGAGAAAAAAAAAGAUCUGUGGAAUUCAAAUGAAAGAAGACCCUUUAAGAAUCAUGAACUAUCUGAGUUUGUUGUGGAAACAAUGUCAGCAGUGGUGUGUGUUUUUUUUUUCUCGACCCUGAAGUAUUCAACAACUGAAACAGCCCUGUUUAUGCAAGUGUAGAUUUAGUUCAACAAAUGGUAAACGUUCCAAACUACAUAUGCUGCUUAAAGGCACAAAAUGGAUCACGAUAAAGGUUUUUUUUUUCUAAAUCUUUACUUUUUCUUUUAAAUUAAAAAAUUAAACUAAUUAAAAUCAUGCCUCUGUACUGCCUUUGAAGAACAUAAAUCAGCGAUCUUGACUUCCCAAUCAACAUGUCGUUUUUCAUAAUAUUUCCUUGUUUUGAUGGUGCCCAAUGGACCAUGAUGAGGGUUUAUUUUUUUGCCUUAAAAAAGAUACUGUACAUUUCUAUUGGACAAUACAUUUGAAGAUGCUGAAAAUGAAAGCAUGGCAGCCAUGAUCCCAGUUUCAACUUUGUACUCCUGCAUAACACUAAUGUGAAAUCCAGUACUGUUCCAUGUUCCCAAAUAUAAAGGACUUUACUUUUGUUUGGUAAUUUCACUUUGCUUCAUACUUUUCUGGUUUGAUGGGACCUCCUAACAUCUUUCCUUGUUAUACUGAGCCUCACACACCAACGUGGUUUUGACCCUGUAGAUAAACACCACUCCUGUCUUUUUAGUCUUAAUGGAAUUUUCCACGGUGUCGUCAGGAGAAAUCAUCAUUUCAAAACCAACCCAGUGUUUUCACAUCACAUGUCUUGUUUGUGUGUGAAGAACUUUGCUGUUGUUUAUGUAGUGACAACUGUUUAUUCGCAUGUUACUUUUUUCAUCCUCUUAACAUUUUUAGACAAUGUAAAAGCGCAUGAUAGGUGCAUCUAAGAAGAAAAGAUAAAGACAGAUUUUUAUUGCAUUGGAUUAUUGUACAUUUAGAAUGUGAAAUGAGUUGUUAAUCAAAGAAAUGGGAGUAAACAUUAACACAAAGGUUUGGUUUUCAGCUCUGCUUGGAAAUACUUUUUUAAAUGCUCUACUACUUGAAGUGUGGUCUUAAAGUGUUAACAUACCUCAAUCCAGAGAUUCACUUUUAUUUGUUUGUUAAAUUGCUGUAGGGAUUCCUGUGAUUUGAGAACGACCUUGGAUAAAAAGAAAAAUGCUGUUCUACGACCAGGCCCAUGCAGAGACUGUACGUAGAGAUGAAAAUGUUAUCUAUCAUUCAUUAAGUCUGGAAUUUUAAACAAAUGGAUAUGUUCAAUAAAACAAAUCUUUUUGACUUUUGUGAUUAGAAA